GACGUAGGUAGUACGAACCCGGUGUUCCGGUCCAGCCGUAUGCUAUAUAAGAUGGGGGAGUUUGCCUACGUAUUCGCUGGGCUCAUUCAAUCCAACACAGCGUUUUAUUCUUCAAGCUUCCAUCGUAGAGAACGGUUGUCCGUCGAGGUAUGGCCGCCUCCAAACAAGCGAUGUCCAACAACGGUCGAGAUGUCCGCUCGAACCUCGAAGAGCUGCUCAACGAAGCUCGACGAGAUCUCCUCAGCCAAACUGGCCGCAUUCUGCCCAACUUGAACAUCGUCCUUCAGGCCGGUGAGGUAGCUAUACAGGGCGGUCUGAUCGAUGAUCGCAAGCACCUUGUCGAAAAUAUCCUCCAACUCGCAGCAUCAUUGCCAAAUGGCUCCAAGCUUCGUAGCCGCCUCAAUGCGAGGUUCAUCGACACUCUGUGGAAGAGCCUACAACACCCACCCAUUUCGUACUUGGGCGACGAGUUCAGGUACCGUACUGCUGAUGGCUCCAACAACAACAUUAUGUAUCCUCACCUCGGCGCGGCCGGAAGCCAUUAUGCUCGCAGUGUGGCCCCGAAACAUCAAAAGACGGUCGAACUUCCUGAUCCAUCCAUCAUCUUUGACAGUCUUCUAGUGCGGCAGGGACCAGCGAGGGAACACCCUACCAAGAUCUCCAGCGUUCUCUUUCAUUUCGCGACCAUCAUCAUCCAUGAUCUCUUCCAUACCGACGAGGAGGACGGAACCAGACUGAAGAAUUCGUCAUACCUUGACUUAUCCCCCCUCUACGGCAACAACUUGAAAGAGCAAGAGAAAGUCCGAACAUUCAAAGACGGGCUCUUGAAGAAGGACGUUUUUGCGGAAUCGAGACUGCUCAGCCAACCUCCUGGUGUUUGCGCGCUCAUGGUCGCCUUCAAUCGCUUCCACAACUACAUCGUGCAGGAGCUGGCCAUCAUCGAAGAGAAUGGCCGUUUUAGCCUACCAGCGGGUGUGACCCGGGAUCACCCCGAGUAUGACCAGGCUCAGAAGAAAAGGGACAAUGAUCUGUUCCAAACAGGGAGACUGAUCACAUGCGGUCUUUAUGUGAACAUUAUCUUGGACGACUACCUUCGAACCAUCUUGAAUCUGAAUCGGAACCCUGUCCACUCGGACUGGAAGCUUGACCCGCGCGAGGACUUUGCUAAUGUCUUCGACUCAGAGGGAACGCCGAGAGGCAUUGGGAACCAAGUAAGCGUCGAGUUCAACAUGGUCUAUCGAUGGCACAGCGCUACGAGUGACCAUGAUGAGGCUUGGGCAAACGACCUCUUUCGCCGGAUCUUCGGUGGCAAGGCCGAUCCUGGCAACAUGUCUGUCGAAGAGUUUAUCCAAGGCAUACGCACGUGGGUCCAGGGACUGCCCGACAAGCCCGAGAAGUGGACAUUUGGUGGCUUGAAGAGAACCAGCGAUGGGAGUUUUCAUGAUGCCGAGCUUGUCAGUCUUAUCCAGACCGGGACAGAGAGCGUUGCAGGAGCAUUUGGUGUUCGGAAUAUCCCCCCGGUGUUGAAAGCGGUUGAGAUGCUCGGCAUUCGACAAGGCCGUGAAUGGGGUCUAGCAACACUGAAUGAGUUCAGAGCGUUCUUCAAGCUGCAGCCAUACUCAUCGUUUGCCGAGGUGAAUCCUGACCCUUAUAUUGCCGAAACUUUGGAAUCGCUCUACGGACAUCCGGACAACAUCGAACUUUAUCCGGGUCUCCUAUCCGAGGAUACCAAGAAGCCCAUGGUCCCGGGAUCUGGGUUGUGCCCCGGAUUUACGACUUCCUUCGCAAUCCUCUCCGAUGCGACAGCCCUAGUCCGCGGAGACAGGUUCUACUCGGUGGAUUACAACCCUACAAACUUGACCAGUUUCGGUUUCAAUCAGGCCAAUUCUGACCCUGAUGUUGCCGGCGGCGGAGUCAUGUACAAGCUGUUGAUGAGAGCUUUCCCCGGAUGGUACCGUCCAAACAGCGUGUACGCCCUCUAUCCAUUCACGACUCCCGAAGGAAACAAGGAAACGUUUGAGAAGCUCGGAAACUUGCAGGAAUUCGACUUCGGCAAGCCAGCAUAUGUUGGCCCUCCGAAACCGGUCACUACUUGGCAGGGAGUCACCGAGACGUUGAACAACCAGUCGCACUUCCAUGUCCCAUGGGGCCCGCACACGUUCCAGCUCAUCCAACAUGAUUACAUGCUCAGUGGUGACACUCCUGCCAAUACCUGUCAGAGAGCCGUGGUGAAGGAGUGUUUGUACAGUCCCAAAGGCGGCCUCGACCAAGUUCGUCGAUUCUACGAGGCUACCACCGCCAAGCUUAUUCGACAGCACAGUCGCAAGAUCGGCGGCUCCUACCAAAUUGACAUUGUGCGAGAUGUGGGGAACCUUGCCCACGCGGAGUUCGUGGGUCACUUCUUUGCCAUCCCGCUGCAAAGCAAUGGGGGAGGGCCGGACAGCUAUACGGAACGAGCGCUCUCCGAUGUGCUCGCUACUCUGUUCGGCUAUGUGUUCCUCGACUUGGACGAGACACAGUCAUUCAAGAACCGGGUCGUGGCCGCCAGAGAAACGAAGCAUCUCGGUGAGGUAAUGCAGAAGGUGGUUGCUGACAUUAAAGCAAGACAUUUCCCGUCCCUUAUCCGGAUGUUCCAACCGGGAUCGACGGAUACGGAUACGACUUUAAGCAGCUACGGAUCCCGCCUAGUGGAGAGGCUUCUCGAUAGGAUCGGCAGCGUCGAUGGGACUGUCUGGACAAUUAUCCCAACUGCUGCGGCUGCAUCGGCUACGCAGGCCCAAGGAUGGGCGCAGAUGAUCGAUCUAUACCUGUCCGACAAGUACUACCCGCAUUGGACCGCCAUCAGGAAGCUUGCCCUGUCGGACGAGCCGGAAGCUUUCGAGAAGCUCAAGAAGUAUGCGCUAGAAGGGUAUCGCCUCAGCACACCAGCCUUUGGCGUGAUUCGGAAUGUGGCUACGGGCAAGGCGGACAUAAAGGAUGGGCCCCGCGUCGUGUCCGUCCAACAAGGCAAUUCUCUAUUCGUGGAUUUCGUUACCGCUGGUACCGACCCUGCAAAGUUUCCCGAUCCGUACGAAAUCAAGCUGGAUCGACCAGACGAUCUCUACAUUCACCAUGGCUGGGGUCCCCAUUCCUGUCUCGGCCGCUCUAUUGUCACCGUUGCGGGUGCUAGUAUGCUCCGCACCUGUGCUCGACUGAGCAAUUUUCGACGGGCUCCAGGACCUGCAGGGGAGAUGAAGAGUAAGACAGUGAAUGGUGCAUUCAAACUCUUCCUAUCUGAGGAUGGCAGCACAUGGGGGCCUUUCCCUAAUGCCAAAAAGGUCAUCUUCGAGCGUGCUGAUGGGACAUAUUGACUGCGCUUCGGACUUGGGGGGACCCUUUAGGUUCUGGGACAUGGUCAAUGGGCACACGGGUGGUAUUGGGUUAGGUUGAUUACCUGGUAGGAUUCGUUGGUUGAAGGAAGGAAAAGUGGAAAAGCAUCACUUUCGGACUCAGCUUUGUAUAUGUACGUACAGUAGGUUUGGUAGUUUGUCCAUCACACCAAAUUGACACAUGAUACCUUAUUAAA